GCGAUUCACAAGGUCUUAUCUGCCUUACGACCACAAACAGAGCGUAGAGGUGGUCAAUUAUGGUGUGUUUUUGGCUGCGGGGGCAACCGAGAUGCGAGCAAACGUCCGCUCAUGGCUCGUGCAGCGGCUACAUUGGCAGAUCAAUUGGUCAUCACCAGUGAUAACCCUCGAUAUGAAGAUCCCUUGCAGAUUAUUGAGCAUGUUUUAGGGGGCUUAACAGCGGGUACGCAGCAUAUAGUCGAACCGGAUCGCGCCCUAGCCAUUGACUAUGCUAUUGCCCACGCAAAUGAAAAGGAUGUGGUUGUGUUGGCAGGCAAAGGUCAUGAAUCCACACAAGAAAUUGCUGGCGAGAAGACCCCCUUUAGCGAUGCACUUAUAGCUAAACAAUGUUUAAAUCAUCGCAGCAACACCAAGGGAGAAAGCAUCGCCCAUUGGUUGGGUGCAGAGGAACAAAAUUGUCCCGAUAUCCUAUGCAAUCGAAUUAAUACCGACACCCGCCAAUUAAAGACCCAAGAUUUAUUUGUGGCGUUAAAGGGGGAGAAUUUUGAUGCCCAUGAUUUUUUAGAAGAGGUGGCGCAAUUCGAAGGCGUAGCGGCCAUUGUGUCGCAAACGGCAACCGUACCGGCCACACUUCCCGUCAUACGGGUUGCAGACCCGCUAUCUGCCUUGCAAAAAAUAGCAAAAAAAUGGCGCUAUCAUUUUCGCUUGCCGACGAUUGCAGUAACUGGGAGCAAUGGUAAAACGACUGUUAAGGAAAUGUUAGCGCAUAUUGGUCGAACAUGGGUAGGUGACGAAGCCGUGAUUGCAACACAAGGCAAUUUAAACAAUGACAUUGGCGUGCCACUGUCUGUGUUACGCCUUAAUUCACAACAUCGCUAUGCGGUGUUUGAGUUGGGGAUGAAUCAUUCGGGAGAAAUUGCGGUCAUUGCUCCCAUAGUCCUUCCUCACAUCGCG